AUGUCAGCUAAAACAGAUACAUUAAGAAAGAAUCUGGAUGCUCAACUGGAGCGAUUGAUUGAUCAACUAGCAGAUUUAGAGCAACUUAAAGAUGAGAUGGAUGAAAAUGAGUAUAAAGAAGCACGACAAGAUACAAUUGAUCAAUUAGAAGAAUUUAAUAAAUCAUUAGAAAAAAUGAAAAGUGGUGAAGGCGGUUUAUCGCUACUUGAUGACGUACAACGAAUACAAAAUGCUAUUAAAAGUGCCAUAAGUCAAGCUUUUCAAACGCCAGAAGUCAUGCGAUUUUUUGCUAAAAAAGAGCCAGUUCAAUUACGAAAUCACCUUGCUGAAAUUGAACGAGAUACAAAAGUUGGUAAAUUAAGCGGUGCUGAAGGUGCUCGAAAGAAAAAAGAAAUUCUUGAUGCGCUCAGAAAACUUGGUGAAACAUUAACAGCUGACGAAGAAAUUUAUUUGAAACAAUAUAUGGAAAGUAGCAAUACGCAUUUUGCUAAGAUGAAUGAAUCAUCAGAUGUCAAUGCCAAUGCUUUAUCAGCUGUGGCAGCAAAACAAAUAGAAAAUGCUCGAGCUCCUCGAUAA